AUGGAACCGGCGCGGCUCGACAGCUGGGGCGGGGGGGGCAGGCCGCCUGCCUGCUUUCAAGAUCAGCAUUCUCGCGAUCUCCAGGCUCCGUUGGAAAGCUUGGAAUUGGCCUUCUGCUCCCUCGUUCCCGCCGACCUCGCCUUCCUCUCCCAAAGCUUCCAUGCUCCGGCCCUCAAGCGCCUGGACCUGAGCAGCCAUGACUUCUCCCAGGGCCUCCUGGAGCAUCUGUGGCUGCUCCUGGAGGAAACCUCAGCCUCGCUGCUGCACCUGGAUCUCAUGGAAUGCUGCAUGGCCGACUCCCAUCUGGACGCGCUACUGCCGACGCUGCGCCACUGCUCGUGCCUGUGUUUCCUGGGAGUCUACGGCAAUCCCCUGUCCACGGCCACGCUCAAGGAUCUGCUCCAGAAAACCUUGGAGCUGCGCGACGUCCACCUGGUCGUCUAUGCCUUCCCGUGGUUUGCUGCAAGCCGCCGGAAUCCGCCUGGAAUUUUGAGGCACCAGUGGACGAGGAACUUUUGGCGGCAGUCAACGUUGAGUUUUGCCAAAUGUUGGCGAAUUCCAGGAGGAGUGACCUAGUGUGGACUUCCAACCCCUACGGCCACGGAACCUUGGACUUCUUCUCCUUGUGAUUUGGGAAAAGCUCGGAGCCUUCAUGGUGGAAAAGUUCCAGCACCUUAAUUCCAAAUUCUUCAUCCCAAAAUCCAAAUUCUUCAUCCCAAAGUCCAAAUCCUUCAUCCCAAAAUUCUGCCUCAUCCCCUUUUUUUUCCUUUAUUUUGGUGCUUUUCUGUCUGGUUUUUAUAUUUUUUCACCCCAUCCUGGUGUUUUGUGUUUUAUUUUAGGG